GCCAACCCUUUUCAUCCAUAUCGAUGCUGCGCCGCAAGCCGACCCGCAUCGAGCUCCGCUCGUCCGACCGCGACGAGCUCGAAGACCACCUCCGCGCCGCCGCCGCAGCGGCCACCACCCCCACCGGCUCCUCCACUCCAAUCUCCACCCCGCAGCCCACCAACCCCCUCCUCCACCUCCUCCACCCGCCGCCCGACGCCGCGCCCUCCAAGUCCCACCGCAUCGGCCUCCCCACCCCAAACCCCAAACCCUAGCGUCCCCCCCGCGAUGGAGGUCGAGAUCAAGCUCCGCCUCCCCGACGCCGCCGCGCACCGCCGCCUCUCCUCCUUCCUCGCGCCCCGCCUCCGCCGCACCGACGCCCAGCGCAACCUCUUCUUCGACGCCGCCGCGCGGACCCUCGCCGCCGCCACCGCCGCGCUCCGCGUUCGGCUCUACGGCACCGACGACCGCGCCCCCUCCCGCGCCGUCCUAGCGCUCAAGCGCCGCCCGCGCAUCGACGCCGGCGUCAGCCGCGUCGAGGAGGUGGAGGAGCCCCUCGAUCCCGCCCUCGCCCUCGCCUGCGUCGACGAACCGGCGAGCCUCGGCAGGGUCGACUCCCCGAUCAUCAGGCUCGUUGCCGAAGAGUACGGGGUGGGCGGGGCCGCCGCGCCGUUCGUCUGCCUCGGCGGGUUCCGGAACACACGCGCCGUGUACCAGCUGGAGGAAGGCGACAGCCUCGGCCUCGUCGUGGAGCUCGACGAGACGUUGUUUGAUUUCGGUACGAACUACGAGCUGGAGUGUGAGACGGCGGAGCCUGAGCAGGCGAAGCAGGUCCUCGAGCGGCUGCUCACGGUGGCCGGCGUACCGUACGAGUAUUCCCGUACCAACAAGUUCGCCUGCUUUAUGGCUGGAAAGCUUCUUCCAUGACUAGGUGAUCUUUUCUUUACUUUUGGCAAUAUCAAGACAUGAUCAAUGAUGAAGUUUUGUGGCAAUAACGAUGAUUAAGCUUAAGCAAAAUAUUUUUGGUUCUUGCAAUCCUAUUAUUUCAGUCAUGGACGGAAUAAAAUUCUGAUAUGCUAUUUUGUUCUUUUUUUUCCUGAUGACUACAGCUAACUAUAUUUAGGUAACUUUGUUAGAGCAUCUCCAACGGUGUCUAAUUUCUUCUUCCAAAACUUAUUUUUGGAAAUUGGUCUAAGAGCAUCUCCAAGAUAUAGCCAAAAAUCGAUUCCCAAAAUUGUUGUAUUGCGAACUGUCCCACUACCCCCAUAAAUCUUCCCCUACUCUAACAAUUCUUCUAUAUUUAGAUUCCUAAAAUUAGUUGGUUUUUCACGUAGGUAGAGGUAGGACCGGUAGUUGGUUCAAGUUUUUUUCUCCCCCUGUGGUCGUAGUACCCACCGCCUCGCCCAUUGCAGCAUCGCCAUCUCGCGAACAGCAGUGCAUGCACCACCUCGCCACGAUCCACAUGCUCUUGGCCAGCACGCUCAUUUGGAGCCAUGCCUGCUUUGGGCACAUCGAUAGCGCCGGGUCGGUCAGUUUUAGUUGGAACGACAAGCACAGAGCUGACAAGCCGACGCUCUCGAGCAGCCCCUCCCAAAUCAGCUGUCUGGAUUAAAAAAACUGAAGGGCCACGCUGGACGGAGCUGGCCCCCUCGGUGCGUGUGCGAAGGUGGUAGGACGGAGGGGACGGAGGAUGUGCGCAGCGAAGGCAGCCAAUUGAUGGAAUGGAAGGAGGCUGGGGGUGGGCGGAGGCAGCUGAGCUAUGGAGGGGAAGGCAGCUGGAUGCGGGUGAAGGAGGCCGAGCAACGACGGGGGUGGAGGAAGCGCACGAGAAAGAAAAGUUCGUGCAAAGCAUAUUUCUUUUACUGGUUGGAGCAACUAGGAACGACAAAAAGACCUCCAAAUUGUGCUCUUUUUUGGGUCUGUAUUAAGAGCAACAUAAAAUUAAGAGUGGGUAUUAUGGAAGGUGGGAGAUUACUUUUAGACUAAUUUCCCAAAAAUACAUUUUAGAAGUAUUAAUCAGACACUGUUGGAGAUGCUCUAAAAGGUUAUCUCCAAGAGUCCCCAAUACUUACUCCCAAUUUUAUGUUGCUCUUAAUACUGACAAAAAAAUAAGCAAGAUUUGGAGGUUUUUUUUUGUUCCCUAUUGCGCUAACUGGUAAAAAAUUGGCUUUGCAUUCUUUCUCCGUGCAUACUUUUUCUUUCUCGCACCCUUCCUCUGUCCCCUCUGUUGUUUGGUUGCCUCUUCCCGCGCUUGGUCUCCUUCCCCUCCAUCGCUCGACCACCUCUGCCCGUGCCCAACCUCCUUCCACUCUAUCACUCUGCCGCUUUUGCUGCGCACAUCCUCCAGCCUACCGCCUCCGC